AUGUCAACCCUGAUUGAAUACACCCAGAUCGAGCUGCUCACGCUCAGUGGCCCUGAGUAUCGCCGAGUAUCGACGGCGCCCCCACGCCCGCCGACCGAGGACGAAAUCCCCAUCAUAGAUCUGUCCUUGAUUAAUGGGGAUCUCUCAGAUCGAAAGGCCAUCGCAUCCAAGAUCAGAUCAGCGGCGGAACAGACGGGCUUCUUUUAUAUCCAAAACCAUGGCAUUGCCGAAGAACUCAUCCAGAACGCUCUGUCUCAAGCGCAAGCCUUCUUCAACCAGCCCGACGAGAAAAAAGAAGUAGUAUCCGGCAAAAAGUCCAAACUUUCCGAUGGAUGGCAUGGACUGGGAACAACUCAAAUAAACAAAACCGAAACACGAGACCGCAAAGAGACAUUCUCCGUACGCUACAACCCCAAGAACGACCCAACAAUAACCGACCCAGAAUCACUCCUCAAAGACGACCGAUUCUCCUAUGGCGACGAUGAAUUAAAAUGGGAGGGAACAGCCCACCUCCCCGGCUUCCGCGAAGCAACAAUUGAAUUCUACCAACACCGCCUCGCCCUAGCCAGAAAGAUGAUCCGCAUCUUCGCCCUAGCCCUGGACAUGCCAGAGAACUACUUCGACGAAGUCACCACCCAUCCAGGCGCAGACGGGCUGUACGUGCAUUACCCAGGCACAGAAGACACCCUCGAAGACGAUAACGCAGAUGUAGACGUCGGCAUAGGCUCGCACACCGAUAUCCAGUGCGUGACUCUUCUCUGGCAGGACAUGUCCGGCGGAUUGCAAGUGCUUUCUGCUAAUGAUGAGUGGCUCGAUGCGCGACCGAUCGCCGGCACGCUUGUAGUCAACAUUGGCGAUUUCUUGCAGCGGCUGUCAAAUAAUCGGUUCAAGAGCACUGUGCAUCGUGUCUAUAAUCGCCAGUCGACGUCUAGGUAUUCGAUGCCUUUCUUUUUGGGCUUUAAUCCGGAUUCAGUUUGUCGCGUGGUGCCGUCUUGCGUGGAUGAGGACCAUCCCGCUCUUUAUGAGCCUAUUUCUUGUGGGAAGUGGCAUCGCAAUCGGCUCGAACUUUCUUCGGGUAGGCCGAUCAGUGCGUAG